UAUAGUUCAGGUCUUAAACUCACUGUGACUCAUAAACACACUUUGUUGAUGAGACCGUUAUGGAGAGUCUUUAUACGCCUUGAUGUAGCUGUCUGCCUCGGCUACUGUUCCGAGCCAAACGCGGAUGCCGUCCGUCUGUGUGAUGCGGAGCUUGGCCGGGUAAAGUAGCGAGGGUUUGAGUCCCAUCUUGUACAAUGACGCCAUCACAGUCCGGUCUUUGCUCUGGAAGCGAUGAAAAGAAAGCAGGAUAGGUCGGGGCUUGUCCCCGUGUCUCGGCUUGGGAGCCAGGCUGCGAUGAGCGCGGUCCAGCUCAGGUGGAGAGGCGAAUACUUCCUCACCAAGUACUUCUUUCAGCAGCAUGGAGAAAAACUUGGUAGGUUGCGGGCCUUCUAUCCCUUCGGGUAAGCCAACUAGCCGGGCAUUACUCCGCCUGCUCCUUCCCUCCAGUGUAUGUACCAGCGUCUGAUCCAAGUGAAAGCCAACCACAAAAACGUAUCUGCAGUCAUCAGCACCAAGUUCACUCUGAGCAUGCGAGUAGAAUCGCACAAGGGCAUCGAAACUCUUUGCAGAUGGAGUGAGACAUAUGAGGAGGGCGGUCACUACUGCAUUUGGAUCGGAAAGUCAGUUAACGGCAACAAUGUCUCCUGCAUUCCCUUUGUGGAUAGAAGACCAAACAAUUCCUACACACCUAUCCUGGUCGCUGCUCUCUCCCUGUCUAUAACCGCUCUCCUAUUUGUUGUGACACCAUAUGCAUACAGAAAAUGGCGUACAUCGAAGUUUAUGAAGACCAUUUGCUGCCAAAUACCCCAGUACUCGCUUGAUGAAGUGCAUGUCGGGAACGCCGAGAGCAGUGCCAGCAAAGUGAAACCAACCCGUCUGCGUUCACUGGACACAUUUCGAGGGUUUGCCCUCACAGUGAUGGUGUUUGUCAACUACGGUGGAGGAGGCUACUGGUUCUUUCAGCACGUACCAUGGAACGGUCUGACAGUGGCAGAUCUCGUCAUGCCAUGGUUUGUCUUUGCCAUCGGGACUUCGGUGGUGUUGGCGAUCCGAUCCAUGCAGAGGAGAGGUGUGGGCCGCCUGCAGCUGCUGCGCAAGGUCACGUGGAGAACUUUGGUCCUGCUGAUGCUCGGCUUCUGCUUCCUCAACUACUCCCCGCGAGAUGGACCACUGUCCUGGUCCUGGCUCAGGAUCCCUGGUGUGCUACAGCGUCUGGCUUUCACCUACUUUGUCUUGGCUCUGCUGCAGACCCUAUGGGGAAACAAAGACAAUGGACAAAGUGAAGGUCACUGGUGGUCCCCAGUCCAGGAUGUGGUGCUUUACAGGUCCCAAUGGCUCAUCAUCAUUCUCUUGGAGACGUUGUGGUUAUGCAUCACUUUCCUCCUGCCUGUACCCAACUGCCCCACAGGCUAUUUAGGAGCAGGUGGAAUUGGGGAUAAUGGUCUUUACCCAAACUGCACUGGAGGGGCGGCAGGGUACAUUGACAAGUGGAUGUUUGGUGACAACAUGUAUAGGUACCCCACGUGCAAAGGAAUGUACCGCUCCACACAACCAUUCGACCCAGAGGGGAUUCUCGGUACAAUCAACUCAAUUGUGAUGGGAUUUAUGGGGAUGCAGGCAGGGAAAAUUAUUAUUUUCUACAAGGGGAAGAAUGUCCAGAUCCUGUGCAGAUUCCUGGUGUGGGCCAUCGUACUGGGAAUCUCGGCAGCCAUCCUUUCUAAGUGCACGCGAGACGAAGGAUUUAUACCUGUCAAUAAAAACCUUUGGUCAUUGUCCUAUGUGACGUGUAUGGGCUGUUUCUCCUUCCUGUUGCUGGGAGGCGUGUACUUUAUCUGUGACGUAAAGGGAUGGUGGGGAGGCCAACCAUUCAUAUAUCCAGGGAUGAACUCCAUCUUCGUGUACGUUGGACACUCGCUCCUGGGUUUUUACUUUCCGUUCAGCUGGGAGAUGCGCUUCCAGGAAAGCCACUGGGAGUUGCUCUUUCAGAGCCUGUGGGGAACAGCAUUGUGGCUAAUUAUUGCUUACCUCCUCUACAGAAAGAAGUUUUUCCUCAAAAUUUGACCUAGUGUACAGGACUUGUCCCUACAUUCUAUAUACCAUUCUAGGCUUGUUUCAACUAUAACUGUCUCCUAAUACACAUUUUAAACUAUUGCAAAUGUAUUUUUUGGAAAUGAUUUCAUUUGAGUAACAGUACUGAAAGGACUAAAAGUAACAGGAGUGAGUUUUUAGCAUACAAUUAGAAAAUACAUUAAAUAUAGCCACACUAGUUUAUACAAAAAUUGAUAACAUCACAGGAAUGUUACAGGUAACAGGACUGUGUUUAUAUCCCCCCCCCCCCC